UAUAGCAUCUUACAUAUCAUACACAGAGAGUAGAUCGCUGUUAAAACCAGUCUCAAAACCUGCUCAUUUAGUCACGUGAAAGUAAAUUAUUUCCUUUCAUUUACAUUUAGUUAAUUCACUCUGAAAACAUUUCGCAGCUGUAACCUGUUGUCUAUUUUGUCCUGAGCGGCUUGCUGUAGACAGGAAGAUGGCGACCGUAAUACUGGUUAGCCGUCCUGUGGGUGUUCUUUCUAAGAUAUCAGGCAUCUGCUAUCCAGCCGCAGCAGCAGCUGUGUCUGGUGCCACAGUCCAGCAGAGAAAGCUGCACCAUGCCGUCAUCCCCAAAGGGAAAGGUGGACGCUCAUCAUGCAGUGGGAUAGCUGCCACAGUGUUCGGGGCCACCGGUUUCCUGGGUCGAUACGUGGUCAACAAGUUGGGUCGGAUUGGUUCUCAGGUUGUUGUUCCUUUCCGCUGCGAUCAGUACGACCUCAUGUACAUCCGGCCUAUGGGUGAUCUUGGACAAAUCAUUUUUAUGGAGUGGGAUCCAAGGAACAAAGACUCCAUCCAACGGGCCUUAGAACACUCGAACGUGGUCAUCAAUCUGGUGGGCAGAGAAUGGGAAACAAGAAACAAUCGCUUUGAAGACGUCUUCGUGACCAUCCCUCAGCAGCUUGCCAGGGCAGCAAAGGAAGCCGGCGUCCCAACGUUCAUCCACGUGUCGCACCUUAAUGCGGAUAUUCGCAGCCCUUCCAAGUACCUGAGGAAUAAAGCUGUGGGAGAGAACGUAGUGAGGGAAGAGUUUCCCGAGGCCAUCAUUAUGAAACCAGCUGAGAUGUUUGGAAGGGAGGACCGAUUCUUCAACCAUUAUGCCAACAUGCGUUGGUUCGGCGGUGCUAUUCCUCUCAUUGCCCUGGGAAAGAAGACCGUAAAGCAGCCUGUUUAUGUGGUGGAUGUGGCCCAGGCCAUUGUCAAUGCUUUGAGAGACCCUGGCGCUAAAGGAAAGACCUAUGCUCUAGUUGGUCCCAGUCGUUACCUGCUUCGUGACCUGGUGGAGCACAUUUAUGCCGUGGCGCACAGACCUUUCAUCCCCUACCCUUUGCCCCGCCCGCUCUACCACCUGGUUGCAAAGUUUUUUGCCCUGAACCCCUUUGAGCCCUGGACAACCCCAGACAAAGUGGACAGGUUUCACACAACAGACAUGAAGCACCCUGGACUUCCUGGUCUGGAGGACCUGGGAAUCGUCCCCUCCUCUGUGGAAGAAAGGGCCAUCGAGAUUCUGCGCCGCCAUCGUCGGUAUCGUUACCUUGACGCUGGGCGAGAUGACACGAAACCAGCCAAGACGGUCAACUAUUAAACUCCACAUGGAGUCAUCGGUCUUUAACUUCAUUCUGUACAUAAAGUUCCUCGCAGGAUGUUUUGCUGUUUGUUUGCUUUCUGUCAUGAAACAACAAUGAGCAGUAAAAAUAAAUGAUUAAAAUGUACAA